AUGCCGGACGCUCAAUCUAUCGUCGACGACGACCAUUGGAAAACGGGCGACGUACGGAUUACCACAGCCAUUCAUCGACUGACCAACAGCCCAGUGUUUGCAGACAUGCUGUCUCUGCCCGGAAUGCAGAGCAAGAGCUUCGAAUUUGCGGACCCUACCAUUGAAGACGCUGCUACUGUCCGCAGCUUCCUCCACCUGAUGCGUGACCUUAAGCUCGACAUGACCAUCUGUGAGGUUCCCAGCAACCGCGGCACAGCCAACGCCCGCCCUUGGAAGCAUCGUCUUCCUCGCCUCGUGUCCUUCCUUGACAAAUAUGACUCUAAGUUCUGUCUCAAAGCCCUCAAGCACUGGAGCACAUACGCCGAACUCGUCGAAGACUGGAAUCCGGAGACGACCUUUGUGUUUGGUGCCCUGACUGACAACAUCCAUCUCUGUGCGAAAGCGCUCGUCCACCCGAGGAGCAACUGCAACUGGCAGGAUUACCCUCGCGAUCCUCUCAACUGCCGAGCUUUCCACCUCUUCCACAUGCACGGCCCUCCAUACGAGUUUGUCUGCUCUAUUCCUCCACAGUUCUAUUUUGCUCUUUGCAGAGCGAGCGCAGACUUCGUGCCGGGCACCGUUGAAUUCCAGAAGAAGUUUGUCGAGGUCGUCUCGGCGGCGAUGGCGUCCACUGACCCUCACCAUCAAGUCGCCUCGGCAGCCUUUGCCACCCAUCUCCACCAUGACCAUGCUGUUUAG